AUGUCUCAAUGCUGGUAUGUAGCAAUUUACAUAUGCGUUCUGCCGUUUACGUUACUAUCAGAUUUGAGAUUGACUUUUGCAGGACUAGAAUGCCACUUUGAGGUCUCCAUGGUCGGCCGUUGCUCGAGAGGCCGUCGUCGGCCAGCACGCAAUUCGGACAGAGUGUCAAUAUCUGGUACUUCAAAUACAACAGGCGAGGGUGGCUCACGGGGUCCGAAUGUGACCACAGAUCGGUCACACGACAUGGAACCUUCCAUCUCCAAUGUGACAGGACGACAUCCUCGUUCUCAUGCACUGAGUAUGGGGAACACAGUUGACACGACUGAUUCCCCUGCAGAUGUAGAUCUACUACCCUUUAUCGACUGGGGUCUGUUUUCUGAGAACGAUCAUCUCGGAAUGGCAGCCGAGGAUGGGAACAGCAUUGACAUGCUCUCAGAUCUCGGUCAAUUUAGUACUGACGACACUCUUUGGAGCAACAUGGACAAUCUGGACAUGCCAAGCCCUUUCGAAACAUCCGCACCUGGGUUGUCUAUGGCCUCUACAUUUCCUACUGCAGCUCUGCCAACGCCACCUGCAUCAGCUGCAGGCCGCACAAAGCGACCUACAAAUCCUUACUCUUCUUUCGGAGCUGUACCUGCAUCUGUUAGCAGCAACCUCAUAUCCCAGCUUCGACAACCACAGUCAAAGGGGUCAGGGGACACUACCACCACAGGCAGUCGGCCAGGUAUCGGUGUCUUUAUCAAGAUUCUAUCUACCCUCGAGACUGAGCUCGGUAACCUACCACCUAGCAUUGAUAGGACGAUGCAUGUUGUCAACACAAGCACAAAGUCGGUACACCGAGUGUCACAGUGCCCGCCAACCCAGUUGGGAAUUGCUGGGCUUAUGCUGGCGCUUGUGUCAAUCGACAUGAUUCUGAUACUCAUUGAAAGUAGAAUCUCACGAUGGAGGGAAUGUAGAACCACUGAACUGGACCAACGAAACUUCCAAGAUUCUUUUCCUGGCACUCCAAGGCUAAGUGACAGCGGACAUGGUCAGCGCGAUCAACUUCUGCUAGGUCACUACAAGGCAGAGAGUGAGGAAACAGAUGUGAUAUGGAGACACAUCAUUAUUGCCGAACUCAGGCGGGUACGGAAGUUGAUCCAGGGGUUGAAUGGUCAUCUUGACGAUCCUAGACAUGGUGUAAAGGUGCCUGUAGAGCGAUUACGAACUUCGUGCGCUCAUAUGGAUCAUAGGGCAGCACUUCUGAUGACAACACUGCAGAGAUAUGAUCAGAAUACAGGGACUAGUAUGGCUUCUGCUUUCUAG